GCUAAGUCUGGCUUGUGGGCGGGUAAUUGGGGGGACAGCGGUGUUUACCGUGCGUGAGGUGAGGAGGCUGUUAAGAAAGAACCACCAUCCCUUUUCUGGACCCGGACCACUACCUAGGCCCUUGGGGGCUACCACCACCAUGGGGCUCCGGAGGAAGAACAAGAGCCCGCCCGUGCUAAGCCAUGAAUUCGUGAUCCAGAACCAUGCGGACGCCGUGUCCUGCCUGGCUAUGGGCCUCCUGCUGGGGCUUAUGUUCGAGGUCACAGCCAAGUAUGUCAUCAUCUUUAUUACUGUGCAGUACAACGUUACCUACAGCACUGAUGACAAGAGUGAACCCAUUCAUUUCUAUGAAUAUGGUCCAAAAGACAUUGCCACCAUCUUCUUCUACAUGCUUCUAGCCAUUAUUCUGCAUGCUGUGAUUCAAGAAUACGUACUAGAUAAAAUUAAUAGACGUCUCCAUUUGUCAAAAACGAAGCACAGCAAAUUCAAUGAAUCGGGGCAGUUAGCAUUUUUCUAUUUGUUUUCAUUUGCCUGGGGAGCAAGUAUUUUGACUGCAGAAGAAUUCAUGACAAACCCUACCUUGUUAUGGAAAGACUAUCCCCAUUCUCACAUGUUUUUUCAGGUAAAAUUCUUCUAUGUCUGCCAGAUUGCCUAUUGGCUUCAUGCACUCCCAGAAUUGUACUUUCAAAAGAUUCGAAAGGAAGAUAUACCAAGACAGCUAUACUAUAUCUGCCUUUACAUUGCUCACAUAUCUGGUGCCUAUGUACUGAACCUUCAACGUCUGGGGCUAAUUUUGCUGGUACCUCACUAUCUAGUGGAGCUCAUUUUUCAUGCCUCACGUCUUUUCUACUUCAGUGAUGAAAACAAGCAGAAAGGAUUUACCCUUUGGGCUUUACUGUUUGUAAUGGCUCGUCUUUUGACCCUAACCUUAUCUGUGCUCACAUUUGGAUUUGGUUUGGCAAGAGUAGAGAAUCCAGGUUUUUCCAUAGCAGACGGAAACUUCAAUGUACUCACUGUGAGGAUUAGUUGCUUGGCUGCAAUUUGUCUAACACAGGCCUGGAUGAUGUGGAAAUUUAUAAAUUUCCAGCUAAAGAAAUGGAGAGAGCACAUCCAGAACCAGAUUCCUAAGAAAAAAAUAACUUGCACAAAGAGCAAAUCAACAAAAAAAGAACCAAACAGAGCUAACUUUGUCAAUGGAGCAGUAAAAUUAGAAGAUGGAGCAUCACCCAGAACAAGAAAAUCAAAAGCAUUAUGAGAUGGAAGCUAAAAUCAGAAGACAACAUAUUGACAGAAGACUGUGAUUAAAAAAUAUAAUCUGUCACUGCAGAAUCAUAGGCUAUUUGUCUGUCUUGUUACGAUUUAAAUGGACACUAUCAAGUUAAAAUAUAUUUUAAACAAUUUUUUUUAUUAAUACAUAACUUACUAUGAAAACUGGUCACUUUUAAUCUAUUUACUUUACAAUUAGUAUUUACCUCUUUCAGUUUCACUCAAUUUGGACAAGAAAAUAGACAAAUCACUUGCACUUUCUGGCUCUUAGUAGCACAAUUCUGCAAUGUUUGAGUGACAGAGGUUUCAGGGGAAUAUUUCAAUCUAAACAAUCUGUUUAUUUGGAAUUUUAAAAAAAGUUGGAAACAUUUUCAUUAAUAUUAUGGUUUAGAAAAUCAGUGGUUUUACAAAACCUAAAUUCUGGGCCAAAAAUAUCUGACCGUGUAUGUUUAACUUUAAACUUUUGCACAACAGACUACUUUUUAUCACAUUCUGAUAUUGAAGUAAGAGAUAGUACAGUAUGUCUGAAAUACAUGUUAGCAUGGCAAAAAAAAAAAAGAGCAAAUGACAUCUAUUUCCCUUCAAAGAUUAUAUAAAACUUGAUUUAUAGAACAUGCUCAUCAAAUUCUGACUUAAUAUACCUAACUUCCUCUUAGGUGAUUGUGAUAUUUUAGUUAGACACACAGAUUAUUGGAUGCAGUCACCUUGCAGAAUUGCCAGUGUACAUAGGGAGUUUUGAAAUAGAUUAUAAUGUCUUGUUUAGAAACAAGUUGCCAAUUAAACAUCUCGGGUGAAAACCUGGUGCCAUUGAAAGAAGUGGCAAAGAUGUCAUAGAUUUUAGUGAGACCAGCAUUUUACCCCAUGGCCAAAUCUUGUGAAAAUUUACCCCUGGUAAUUUUUCUUUAAUUUUGGCACUGACCUGUUUGAAAGUUACACAUAGCUUUUUCAUAAAGACUAUGAAGUUGAGUUCAGGAAAUCUAUUUUCUGUAGCUGCAAUUUUUUUUUAAAGGUGCUAAGAUUUUUAAUUACCUGCGUUAGGCAGCCACUUAUUUUGGUUUCAAAUUCAGAUUUAAGUUUUUAUAUCUCCAUGAAGCUAUUAAGAUGCUCAUUACUUAAAUACUAUUUUAGAUAUGAUUCAUAUUUAAAUUUGUAGACCAUUUCAGUAUGUCUUUUCAGAAGUAAUAAGGUCUGAUGCUGGUAUAAUUAAGUGGUCUAGUAAACACUGCAUUAUAGGCUUCUUAUCCCCAACCAGUGGCAUCAGUUUUGCAUGGCUUCUUGUACUACUUGCCAUCCUUUCAGCCAAUUGGAUCCUAUUUCUCCGGCACACAAAAUUCUGUUCAGAAAACAGUUAAUUUAUGCAGUAGAGCUGACUUUAUAAUAUAUGCCUUGGGUGCAUAAAACACUAGAGAGGUGCAUUAAAUUACAUUGUCACAUGUUCUGAAGUGUCUGUGGUUACGAUUUAGGAAGAAGGUUUACAAUUUCUUACGUGUUCAUGCCACAAAAUAUAUUUACAACUUUCUUGAAAGAAGUUAUUUAAAAUUUAUCCAUAUGUAGGUUUUUCUUUAAUACUAUUUCUCCCUUCCAUCCCUCCCUCCCUUCCUCCCUCCCUGCACUGGCUACCCAGGUUCUAUCUUAUGUUUCUUGAAGCAGUGCAGUCUUUUUUUAGUGAAGUGAAGCAGAAUUUAGUAGGACUGAGGGGCCACUUGUAAAAAGUUCAGCUGCAUUUAUCCAAUUUCUCCCUCUAGAAACUGGCUAUUGACCACCUAUUCAUUUCAGAUAGACCCAUGUAUUCACAUACAGUAGAAACAGUUUUUGGCGUGUUCACCUAAGCUACACUCGAUUAAACAGUAUUUGCCACUUAUGUUCAAAGCACCUUACAAGCAUAAAUCCUCAUAACCCUCCAGAAAGGUAGGUAAGUAGCAGUGUUCUCAGUAUAUAAGAAACUGACAGAUUAAGUGACUUGUCCAAGGACACACUGAGGAUCACUGCCUCUGGGAGUAGAAAUCAGGAUUCCUAAUUCCUAGUCCAGCGAAUGAAUCACACCUGACUCCUGGCCACACUUCUGUGAAAAGCAAGUGAGUGAGAGACUAAAGGUUUCAUAUCGUAUUACCAAUCCCUUGAGCCAUCUUAGGUGUUGCCAUGUUGAUCUAAGCACUUGUUUGACUAUGAUAAGGCUACUGAUAUUUUUGUAAGUUACCUACAUAGUCGUGACUGGUAUAUCUAAUGCUAUUUAAGUCUUAUGAACCCAUUUUCUAAUUUGCCCUAACUGUUCCCAUGUGCAAAUGGUAUGUAGGAGUAUCAUAUGUGAUUUCUCAUAAACCUGUACAUUUCUACUAAAAAUGUUUACCAUGGAACUAAAAUAUAUAUUUUUUUAACAAUUUUAAUAAACGUAUUUGUAUAAUCAUGAAUGCCUCAUUUGAUAAAAGUAUCAUCUUAUGAGCAGUUUUGGUGUGACCUGCUUAGUCUCUCUAUCAUACUGCUCACAAGACAAUGCUUUCACUGAUAAAUAACUGCACAUGUAAGUAUACCAUACAUUUAGGUUUUGGGCCACUUUCCAGCUGAAAUGGCCAAAGACUAGUUAUUAUAUAGGUAAAAAAACUUUUACCCUGAGAAGGGAAUUCCUACACUAAGGACACUGUGAAUACAGGAUAAAAGUUAUAUUGCUUUUACAUUACUGAUGCAAACAUUUUCUUGAAUAAAAACAUUUUCCUUUUCCCCCCCAUCCAUCGCAAAAGCAUUCAGACAAAGAUUUAAAAAAAAAAAAAAGCCUAAUUUUAGGCUCCUAUAUCUAUACUUAUGCACCUAAAAA